AUGCUCCCAAAAUUCCUAUGGGAAGAACGGUGGCUCAAAGGCUCUGAAUACAAGUUUAUCCUAUCUAAUUUUGAAGAAUACUCGAAGCAGUAUAACUUCAAAAUAUCCCAACACCAUCCUACCUUAAUUUAUACUUACCCAGAGAAUGGCUUUAUUUAUUUUCUUAAAGAUCAAGAAUACAGCUUAUUGAAAUUUCCCAAAGUCAAAGGACUAACUAAAAGAUAUCAAUGAAAAAGGAUCAGCUAUUUUCCUGUUCCUUUACCUGUACAACGGCCAUUAGUCUACUACAUUAUUGCCAACGGACUAUUAUCAACUUUUACUUACAGAAUGCAUGCUGUUUAUUUUAACGAAAAAUACCCAGUACUUUGCCAUGUAAUGAGAGUUGUAAAAGAUUGGAAACCGGGUACAAAAGGAGUUUUAGCACGUCGGCAUCGCAGGAAAAAAGCAAAAAAUGUUGACCUAAAAAAUUGUAGUCAAAAUCCUCAAGUGAAAUUGCAAUUUCUUCCUAAAACCCCUAGAUCUGUUCAUCCUUUAGAACAAGAAUCAAUCUUGUAUCGCUUACGGCAAUUUACUCCAGCUAUAAAAGAAAUUUCUAUCGAUUCAGAGCCUCUUGUAAAUAUUAAUUAA